GAUCUUUGGCAUAUCGCAUGCAAGGCGAGGCCGCCUGCCGGUGCGGCUGGCCCAGCAGCAUGCAGGCUCCGGCGCGGCCGACGCACCUGGGCGGGCGAGAACUGCCUGGUGUUUGCCGAGGAGUGAGGGGCUGAGAACUCAGACAGGUUAGGGGCAGGUUGGACAGGAGACACAGAUUUUCAAAACUUGUGCAACUGGGGAGCUGGCUGUGCCGGAUGCAGGAUGAGCUGGUUUCAAAAGUUAUUUGGAUACAACCAUGGAGUUGUGAUUGGAAUGUUGCAUGUACCAGCUUUACCAGGUACUCCAUGUCAUAAUAUGACAUUGCAAGCAAUUAUCAAGAAGGUAUGCAGUGAAGCCAGAGGAUAUGUACAAGCUGGAAUCACCGGACUGAUGUUAGAAAACAUGCAUGACGUACCAUACAUACAACCCGAUGACAUAGGACCUGAGAUUACAGCUUCAAUGACUGCAGUAUCCUGUGCUGUUCGUCAGGAGUAUCCUAAUAUACCAACAGGUGUCCAAGUUCUCUCUGCUGCUAAUAAACAAGCUCUUGCUGUUGCGUUGGCAGCAGGACUUGACUUCAUUCGAGCUGAGGGCUUUGUAUUCAGCCACAUUGGAGAUGAAGGACUUCAGAAUGCUUGUGCAGGAGAGUUGCUGAGAUAUCGAAGACAAAUUGGAGCAGAUCAUAUCAAAGUCCUCACAGAUAUCAAGAAAAAGCACAGCUCUCAUGCCAUCACAUCUGAUGUAAGUAUAUCAGAGACAGCCAAGUCAGCAGAAUUCUUCUUGAGCGAUGGGGUGAUAGUCACAGGAACCAGUACAGGCGUUCCAGCUAGUCCUCAAGAUAUACAAGAGGUGAGAGAGGUUGUGAAUCUUCCAGUAGUGAUUGGUUCAGGGGUCACUGUGGACAACCUUCAUGAAAGCAGAGCCAUGCUGCAUGCUAAUGGAUGCAUUGUAGGGUCACACUUCAAACAUGGUGGACAUUGGCAGAACGAUGUGGACCUAAAACGAGUCAAACGCUUCAUGGACGAAGCAAAAACAUUGCAGACAUGAACUCUGUCAGAGAUGUUACACAUGAAAUAAACAAGAUGAAUGUGAGUGUGAGAAAUCUUCCAAAUUCAUGUUCCUGGCAACCCAUGGGCUGUUAUUUUCUGCAGGGGAUUCAAUUUAAUCUCUUUACUAGGAUUGUAGAUUCCUGAUCAAUCUUAUGAAAGCCCCAAAAUGGGACAUGUUGAUUAUCUGCAUAAAGAAAACAAGGAAUAUGCAUGUUUCUGUAUCAAGAUCAUCAAGGUCAAAUUAUUGACAUCCAUCAAGAUCAAGUGAUGACCUGUAGAUGUUUAACUUUCAUUUUGGUUAGCCUGUAUCAGCCCCAAUCUCUAGUGACCCAUCUAAAAAAUCCACUGCAGCUAACAAAGGUGUCAGUAUCACAGGGUGCGACAUAAGCGCUUGCCCGAUUGCCGGGGGCAAGUAAAAGUUAGAGUCGGGCAAGUGUUUUGAAGUAAAAACAAAAACUGCUUGCCCGAAUCGGGCAAGCAAAAUUCUCACUGUGAAAUGAAAUUUUACAAAGUUUUCCCAUAUUUCACAAGAAAAAAUACAGAAAAGAUAGAGAAAAAACAAAGUUAACAACUUUCCUCAAUUCACAUUGCAAGCCGAUUUGCGCUAUUUUCUUAGAUCUACACACAAAGACACACACACACAAAGUCAGCAUAGAAACAUGUACUAGCUGGUGCACGUGGCCGGGCCUUCCUCAUGUGUGUGGCAGGCAUGAAGGCAGGCCCUGCACACCUGCACUCCGGACCUGUACAUCCCCGAUCAAUCAGAGUGAGCAAUCUCACAUGAAAAAUAGUUUUUCCACCAAAAUAAUCACAAAUCGGCAGGAUUUUUUUAAUAAUUAGAUAUAUGGAUUUUCAGAUUACUGAUUUGUUGAUGUGAUCGGAGGAGCAAGUAAUCGAGUUUUCAUAACUAGUUGUUUCAGCUUUCGUUUUAAGUCUUGUGAUUAGUGCAAACUUGUAGCUACGUGUGUGUGAUGCCUUGAUGAUUCAUCUAAUUUUUUUAGUUUGACAUUUGCAGGCCUGGACAUUGUCUUGCUUUGAAAUAUUAUUAUUUAUUCUAAAACAUUUAAUUUUCUAACAAUUUUUAAGAUAUAUUGAAAAAAAAAACCAAAUAUCAGUAAGAUAUUUGUUAAAUAGAUGAUUGGAUUUUUUUGUUUGAUCUUUGAACUUUCUUCCUCUUUACUUCCUUCCUUUCUGUCCUUUUUCUUUUCUGUCCUUUCUUCAAUCCUUCCUGCUGGCCUUUUUUAUUCCAUUUUUCUUCAUUUUCACUCUUUCCUAGCUUUUUUUCCUGAUCCUUUGUCUCUCUCUCUGUUCAUUUUUCUUUCUUUCCUUUUCUUAAUUUCCUUCUUUAAUUCCUUUCUUUCUUUCCUGAAAAUAUUCUUUGCUCCCUCCCUCUUUUUGUUCUUUCUUUCUGUCAUUCCUUCUUCCAUUCUUUUGUUUCUUCCAUUCUCUCUUCGCUUCAUUCUUUUUUGCCUUUUCUUUUCCCUUAUUCUUUCCUUCCUGAUUUUUUUUCUUUCCAUUAUUUCUUCUUUCUUCUAUCCUUCCUGAACUUUUUUAUUCCAUUUAUCUUUAUUUCCUAUAAUUUCCUAGCUUUCCUUCCUUUCUUUAAGUCUGUGUCCAUUUGUUUUCUUCAUUCUUUUGUUCUAAUGCCCCUCUUUGGUUUUCUUUCUUUCCUUCUUUUUCUUACUCUCCUUUUUUUAAUUUCCUUCCUUUUAAUUUCCUUCAUCCUUUCUUUCCUUUUUAUUUUUGUUCUCUCUUUCCUUCUAAUUUUUCUUCCAGUAUUUUCUUUCUUUUUCCCCCUCUCUCUUCCCUUCAUUCUUUCCUUCCUCUAUUUCAUUCUUUAUUUUCUCCUUUCCUUCUUUCUUUUCCCUUCUUAUUUCUUUCCUUCAAUGCUAUUUCCUUCCUCCCUUCAUGUUUUUUUUAAAUUCUUUCUUCCAAAGAAUGAAGGAAACCUUUUUUUCUUCAUUCUUUCAUCCUUUUUUUUUCUUAACUUUCUUUUUUUUUCCUUUUUUCACACAUUAAUUAAUCUUCCAUUUCUUUUCGUUGUUUUUUCUAAAGUAUAUCUAAAAGGAUAAAGGAUUUUUUCUUUCCUUUCUUGUUUUUUUUUAUAUCUAAAAGAAUAAAGGAUUUUUUUUCCUUUCUUGUUCUUUUCUUUAUCUAAAAGAAUAAAGGAUUUUCUCUUUCCUUUAUUCUUUCUUUCAUCCUCAUUUUAUUAUUUCUUUCAUCCUCAUUUUAUUCUUUCUUUUCAUUUUUUCUUGUUUCUUUCAUUUUCUUUACUUCAUUUUUCCUUCUUUCUUCUUCAUUCUCCUUUCUUUCCUUUUUUCUCUCUCCUUCAUUCUUUCUUUCACCCAUGUGUUCACCCUCCCUUCCUUCUUUAGUUAUUUUCAGUGAUUCCCUUUUUUAUUUUGUGCCUUGGUCAUAUACAAAAGUACAUACAAAAAUAGGAUAGAGGAAAUUAAUAAAAUGGCAUAUUGACACUAAUUUCAGUCAUGACAGGCAAGAUAAAAUCAUUUUGAAAAAAAACCCAAAUAUUACAAAUACAAGGUACGCAGGCCAGUUCAUGUUUAAAUGAGAAGAAAAAGCAAUAGUAUAUAAAACCGCACUACUUUCUUUUGAAGCAGUAAAAUAUUUUGAAAGAUUUUUUUCGGGCAAGUGAAAUAUAUUUUCGGGCAAGUAUUUUCCAACUAUUUAGGAAUUCACUUGCCCGAUCGGGCAAGUGCUUCAAAAAAGUUAUGUAGCACCCUGGUAUCAGGACAUACAUUGGUUUAUACAACAGCUGCAUGUUGAAUAUACAUGUAGUUACAAUGCCUUCAUUUUUUUUCUGCAUUUUGAACUACAUGUAGGUUUUUUAAAAUGCUAGGGUAAUCUUAAAAGGCAUUGGUUAACAAUUUCCCUGAACUUUGAUGUGUGUUGUACGUGAUUUAGUAUUGAUCAUAUGGAUUAAAAUAUAACCAGAAAGAGAAAAAAGGUCAAAUUCAUGGAGACACUUUCAAGAUAUAAACUGAACAAGUGGAGCGCCUCUGUCUCAACUGCAUUGCGCAAUUCAAUAUAGCAGCAGUGCUGACUUUGAAAACUACUAUAAAAUAACUAUUCACAAAAACACUAUUUAUAUAAUGAUACAAUACUACGUUCAUUGACAAUGAAUGACAUUUGACCUUGAUCAUGUGACCUAAGACUUGUCAUUGAUACUUGAUUACCCCUAUAUCCACAUUUUAUAAGCUAUAUCUAUAAACUUUGAAAGUUAUGACAGCAAUCAAAUAAUUAACUCCAAAAUGGCCAAAGUUCAAUGACCUUAAAUGACCUUUGACUUUGGUCAUGUGACCUGAAACUCGCAUGAGAUGUUCAGUUAUACUUGAUUACUCUUAUGUCCAAGUUUUAUGAACUAGAUCCAUACACUUUCAGAAUUAUGAUGGUUAUUCAACAAAUAUCCCUAAUAUGGCCAAAGUCCAUUGACCUUGGUCAGGUGACCUGAAACUCGCACACAGGAUGUGACUUGAAACUCAGGAAGGGUGUUCAGUAAUACUUGAUUAUGGCCAAGUUUCAUGAACUAGGUCCAUAUACUUUCUAAGUUAUGCUGUCAUUUCAAAAAAACUUAACCUUAGGUUAAGAUUUGGUGUUUGACGCCGCCACCGUCGGAAAAGCGGCGCCUAUAGUCUCACUCUGCUAUGCAGGUGAGACAAAAAUUCAGUGAGCGACGCGGUAAAAAAUUGUGUUAUCAUGCAAAAUUAAAUGUGAAGCGGGGCCAUUAAGUAUUAGGAUUAAAACUAUAAAUUUGAGAAUUUACUUUAUUUCAGCACUUUUUAAUAAGCAUCUUUCUUAUCCUAAAGGAUAUUUUAUAUUCUGCCUAAGACCUAAGUGAUUCAUCCUUUUGGGUUUCUCUGUUAUCUGAGAUGUAAACUUUUGUAGCCCUUUUAAAUAUCCAUUAUUAACAUGAUGGAAAUUUGCAUUAAAAUAUGAUACAAUAGAAACAUGAAAAAAAAACGUUUGCCUUUUUCAUUUUUCAUUCAUUUUUGUCUCGCCUACAUAGCAGAGCGAGACUAUAGGCGCCGCUGUCUGAAAAGCGGCGCCUAUAGUCUCGCUCUGCUAUGUAGGCGAGACAAAAAUGAAUGAAAAAUGAAAAAGGCAUUGGUCAACAUUGAAAUCUUAACCAAGCUUAAGUUUUUGAAAUGUCAUCAUUACUUAAAAAGUAUAUUGACCUAGUUCAUGAAACUUAGACAUAAUGGUAAUAGUGUAUCACUGAAGAUCCUGCCUGAGUUACAGGUCACCAGGUCACAUGACCAAGAUCAAAUGUCACUUAGGGUCAAUAUACAAUGUUGGGGGUAUUUGUGGAAUUGUCAUCAUAACUUUAAAAGUUUAUGGAUCUAGUUCAUGAAACUUGGACAUAAGAGUAACCAUGUAUCCCUGAAUAUCCUGUGUGCGUUUCAGGUCACAUGACCAAGAUCAAACGCCAUUUAAGGUCAAUGAACUUUGGCCGAAUUGGGGUCAUUUGUUGAAUCGGAAUCAUAACUUUGAAAGCUUAUGGAUCUACACAUGUAGUUCAUUAAACAUAGAGAUAAGGGUUAUCAAGUAUAUUUUGCACACAUCUUAGGUCACAUGAUUAUGGUCAAAGGUCAUGUUGGGUCAAUGGAUUUUUAUUUUAUUAUCAUAUGAGUGUUUUCUGUGAAUAAUUAUUCAAUAGCUUUUUUCAAAGUCAGCACUGUUGCUAUAUUGAAUCGUGUAAUGCAGGCGAGACAGCCAGAGGCGUUCCAAUUGUUCAUCAACACUAUUAGUUACACCCUGCUUGUUCACGUAAUACAGGAAAGAUCUACGUUCUGGUUCCAUAUUCCAUUCCGCUUCUGGCCUCAAAGAAUAUGGAACCAGAACGUGGAUAUUUCCUGUAUUUCGUAAGAACAAGCAGGGUGUAACGAUUUUAUCUCUUAAGUGAAUCAUUAUAUUGUUGCAGAAUAGGGGAAAUCAAUAGAAUAGAACUUAAAAAAAAGCAACACCCUGCAUUUUGAGAGUAAUUUUUGAAAGGAAGUCAUUCAUGACAUCGCAAUGAUCACAGUAAAAAGAAUGCGCAUUUUGCUAUUGAAAUUGAUGCGCAAAUAUUAGUGCGCAGCACCAUGCUUGAAUACGCAUGUAAUACGGCCUCGGGCCUCAUAUUACGUGGUUGAAAUCAGCACUGGGCAUGCGGGUAACAAUGAAAACAACAACAGAAAUAGGUAAUACGGGCUAAUAUUACCUGUUUGAUAUUUGUGACUUGAUCAGUAAAAUAGGUAAAUAAGAGUUUGUCUCUCAAACAAAUCGACCAAUCAGAUUACAGAAUUCAUGAGAAAUGUGGCCCACUAAGAGAUAAAUUACUGUAUCUCUUGAUAAAAUUGGAGGCAUCAUUCAUGAAAACAAAAUAUGUGAGAGUAAAACUCAAAGCACAACCUAUCCCAGAGGGGAAGGUGGUGCUUUUCACUGCUGGCCCAUAUAAUGGGCCAUAACUUAAACUGGUGGAAGAACAACUGAUGAUUCCCUUGGUAAUGCAUGAGGCUGCGUUCUUGUGCUUGUUUAAUCAGCUGCUAUACCAUAACACACAAUGCUAUUGGGAUAUUUGGAGAGGGCUGUAGACAGGAAUGACAUGUAAUUGAAGAAUUUGAGUGCGUUGUAAUUUGUCAAUCUGUAAUGUCAAGACAAGGUAAAAAAUGUCAUUUCAACAUUUGUUCCUGGACUGACUAUUAUGUGACAUAUACAUCAUCACAUGUACUUCCCUACUUUCUAGCAAAUAUUAUGAAGAAUAGGAAUUGUAAUGCAACGUGAACUCUUAUAAAAGAACAAAAUGGAUUACUUGAGAAGAUUUAAGUUGCUUUGAUGUAAAAUUAUACAAACAAACAGUAUAUUAAGUGAAAGUUACAUAUCAUGAAAAUGAAAUUCAAUUAAAAUUUAGUCUUGUUACUACAGCGCGUGACGAUUGUACACUAUGCCAAGAGUUUGUGAAUUUGGAGAAGUUGCUGUAGUAACAAUGUAAUAAAUAAUUCUCACAUUGAAUCUUUGACUGGUUUUAAACACACCACACACUGUGCAAUCAAACUAUGACCCAAUUUUUCGAAUAAAUUGUAUUUUGCAUCAGAUAUAUGAAAGGUUUAAAGGGAUAAAAUCAUCACAUGAAUUUCGGAGCAAUGGUAGGAAUAUUUAAAAAAAAUCUGCUUUUCUGCAAGCAUUGCGGUUGGAGUAAAGUCUAAAUUGGCUUCAGAUUGUUAUGACGUCUCUACAAUUUGGUGUUGGAUUUGAUUUGAUUCCUAUAUUGAGCCUUGCAAUUGCCUAGAAUUUCAAUUGCAAUAAUUCAUACCACUCUUCAGAAUUUUGAUGGCUUAGAUUUUAUAGGUUGGAAAUAUCCAUAUCAAAAUGCUACUACAUUUUAUUUUGGAAAAUUCUGACCGCAAUUGGAUUGCGUAGUAUGCACCAUGCAGGCUUUACCCAGAUCUAUGUCCAUAAAUAUCCAGGAUGCAGGCCUGAGUGGUUAUUAUGCAGUCACAAACUUUUCUCAUUUAAGUUUGCCUCAAGAAUGAAGCAGCAGUCCGAUACAACUUACAAAUGUAUUCGCAUUUGGACAAUGACUAUUUACCUGAAAUAAAAACCAGUUUUAAAACGCAUUGAAUAUCCCUUCAAACUUUAUUUCUUUCAGUCCAAUAGCUAGAAAGUUAUACCAUGUACACAAUAUAUUAAAUCUGUUAACUAACUAAACUUUACAUAUAUAUUAGCAUAUAUCUACAUAGAUAGAUUCUAAAAAAGAAAUCACAAUACACAAACCUAACAUGCACAAAAUACAUUUUCAGAGUCAAUUUUGUGGAAGAAGGUUUCAGACUUGUUAUUAUGGCAAGUGAUGAAAUACAUAUGAAAAAUUGCCAUUUCUAGACUUUUUAUAUAGGCCUGUUUGUGUAUGACAGAUCAAUGAUGACUUGAAGAAAACUCAAUGAUGAUUUGAAGAAAAUGCACUUUAAAAUAUUUCACCUUUUUAAACCUCUAUUUCUAUGAGUAAUAUGUAAAUUUCAACCAUAAAUCACAAACUAAACUGAUCAUCCGUUUAUAUGCAUACUAUGUCAAACAUGUCAAAACAUCCCUCAGAAAAAACAAUUCCACAAAGUUAUUCUUUUCUAGUCUAAACUCAACAAUUCAACACACCAUACAUGUGUUAUACCCUGCAUAUCUUAUACAGAUACAACAGCUUUUACUACAUAUGUAAAAGCAAUUGUGGUCAUAGAAGUUUGCUCACCUUAAAUGAUGGCGAGUGAUGUCAAAUGAUUGAAUUUUAAGAACAUACACAGGUUUAAGAAAUGAUUGGGUGAUAAAAUGAAAUACUUGUGAAUUAAUGAUUACCAAUGCAAGAUAAAACUGAUUAAAAUCAUUUUUAACUGGAGUCAUUUGGUUAAUAAUCUGAGGCAAGUUUAUACAGCACAUGUGAUUUCCUAAUUCAAAUCAACAAAAAGGCAACAAUAAUGCCAAAGAGAGGUUAAAAUUACAUUCAGUCAAUACAAAUAUCAUUUACAGCACGUUUAAUAAUUUUAAGGUAAUCUAAAUAUUUUCUUCUUCAAAGGCAGUUGAAUUGGAUGAAGUGAAAAUGCAUAAGGAUUCUUACAUUAUCAUAAUUUGCUAAUCUCUUAAUCUAUCUUAAUAUCUUGAGUAUGUUUUUUUUUUCCAGAAGCUGUACAAUAUCAUGAGUGACAAAUUUGAAAAUGUAGAAAGACCAUGAAAGUCCUGAUUUUGAAUUAGCACCUUUGUCAAAGUGAGUUUCACACUACAAGGCAUGUGUGCAGCUUGUUCCCUUGACAUGGGGAAAAAUGCAUCGAGUCAUCAAGAUGUCUGAAUCUAAUGAAACUUUGAUACUGGUAAUACUGAAAUAAGUCAUUCACAUUCCAUGAACUACAGAUGAAAAUAGACCAUCUUUCACCAAAAAUUAUACCAUCACUUGCAAAAGUUUAAGACCACCCGAAAAAUGUAUGUAUAGCACAUGCAAUAUAAUUGUAAUAAUGUACUGAAAUAGUUCAAUAAAAACCGGCCUAUAUAUUAUUUGUUGUUGUUGAUUCUCUGUUUGGUUUGAAUGGUAUAAGGGAAUUUAGUUUAAAGAAUUCUGCAAUAGCUUGACUAAUACUAAAACUAUUACAAAUGAUGGUAUAAAAACUAUGAAUAUAAUAUUUAAACAUACAUGUAAAAGUAGUAAAAAUGUAUGUUACCUAGUGCAAGCUCUGAUUUACAUGUUGUAAAGUCAUUUAGUUGAUAAAGCUAAAAAGAAACUUUUGGAGGAUUGAAUUGCUAAUGUUUAAUAUAUUCUAACAGCCCUCAGUACCGGCUACACUGAAAUGUUGUUAGCGCUAACAGAACGCAAACAGUAGGCCCAGUACCAUCUUUUAGAUUGUGAUGUCAAACGUUGUUCCCAGAUAUAAAUAACACAUUGUUGUUGCAGCGAGUGAUGUCUAAUAUAAAUUAGACAUCACUUGCUGCUACAUUUACGGUUGCAACAGGGGCAUCUGUUGGUGCAUUGUCAGUGCUAAAUUUUCUGUGUGGCCGGUACAGGAGGGCAAGACAUUUUGUUCUAAAAAAUAACCCAAGAACAUCAGUAAAAAAAAACCAAGGGGGGGGGGGAAUUUCAAGGGUAAGCAUAUAAAAAAAGAACCAUGGUUUAAACAAUGGUCUUAAUUUUCAGUUUUCCAUAUUUGCCAUAUGUGACAUGAAGUCACAAAUCUCUUUAAUUUGACAGGGAUGUGGGCAUUAUUUUAAUUGAUUACUGUCUAAUAUUGGUUCCAGUGCAGUAGUUUUCCAUACCAUCAAAGCACAAUAUAUUGAAAUUAAGAACAUACAGCAAAAACAAAGUUUGACAUUUUUGGCUUACUGGAACCCAUUUAACUGUAGUUAGACCGCAUAAAUUUAAAUUCCUGUUUAAAUUAAGUCAGAAUGUACAAAUACAUAGGUGAAAGAGACUGACUUCAGCCUACAAAAGUUUCCAAUGGAUGUACAAAGAAAGCUUUCUAUCAGGUGGCCCUUUCCAUGAAUGUUCUAUUAUUGAAGUUUUUUAUACAAUAAAAAUGUGUAACAUUACACAUUACACCUUUCAAAAUUUCUUGCCCCCAAGUAGAAGCUAACAGUAAUGAUUUAAAACUAAAUUGCAGACUUUACAGUUAGGCCUGUUAGGUACCAUUGUGCUUAUCAUCUCAUACAUGUAGACCUGCCAACCUUUGGGAAUUAAAAAUUGUAUUCUGUGAUUAAAAAAAAGUAUUUUUCCCCCAAAAAAAGUGUAUUUCAUAAUAAAAUACGUGGUGCACUCGCUCAUCGCGGCGCUCAAGCUGCAUGAAAGCUAAAAUGCGCACUGCUCUUGCAGAUGAAAAAAACAUUGAAACAUGUGUAUAUCUCACCCUGGUUUUAACAAAAUGAUUGAAAAAAAACAAGUUACCUGAAAUUACAUUGAUCUAAUAACCAUAUUUGUGUAAGUUUUAUGAAAUAGAGACAUAUUAGAGAUGAUUUUUCUCAAUAAAUUACGAUUUUGUAAAAACUUAUUUUUUAAAGAAAAAACAACGUACUGCCGUAUUUUGGUUGCAAAAACGUACUAAAUACGGCAAAAACGUACUGGUUGGCAGGUCUGUACAUUAUAGGGUCAUGUGUUACACAAAUUUCACACUUUCUUUCACUUGAGGUCUGUUACAUGAAACAUAUGUUGUUUUUUAAUUCCCCAAAGUAUUCAAAUUCCUCUAUUAUAUCGAUUGAGGUCAUUCUCCUGAGUUUCCUUCACACAUAUGCAACAUGUCAAAGGUCCUACUGUUGUUUAGAGGAAAAUUACUUAGUAGUUAUCUAUGCAAAGUCCAACAAUGAAAGUAUUAUGCUCCUUGUUUCAGUGUAAUGUCAUGCAUAAAAAAGGCUUCAUUUUCCAGCUCAUUGUUUCAAUCACUUCAACAUUAGCACAACACACACGAACA